CACGAACCCAAGUAGUCACAUCAAUCGUCAAAAUGGCUGCCAAAGUCUCCGGAGAUGAGCCCAAGACGCUCAACGUCGCAGAAGCUAAUGGAACUGUGAACGGCGAUGCUGGAGAACAUUCCGGUCAAGAUUCGGAUGACGAUGCUGACGAGAAUUCACCUGAAGCUACUGCUGUCGCUGGCGCGAAAAAGAAGAGGAACAGGAAGAAGAAGCCCAAGAAGAAGAAGAAGAAGAGUACUGUCCAAACUGAUCCCCCCUCAGUCCUGAUCUCGCAACUAUUCCCAGACAACAACUACCCCAAAGGCGAGGAGGUGGAAUAUAAGGAUGAGAACCUCUAUCGCAGCACUAACGAGGAGAAGCGUUAUUUGGACAAUAUGAACAGCGACUUCCUCUCGGAUUAUCGUCAAGCGGCCGAGGCACAUCGUCAGGUUCGCCAGUGGGCACAGAAAAACAUUAAACCAGGCCAGACACUCACUGAAAUCGCCAAUGGUAUUGAAGAUAGCGUGCGUCGUGUAGUCGGACACGACGGGUUAUCCGAAGGCGAUGCUCUGAUUGCCGGCAUGGGUUUCCCAACAGGUUUGAAUAUCGACGAGAUUGCAGCCCACUACAGCCCAAAUGCCGGCUGCAAGCGAGUGCUUCAACAAAGUAACGUCAUGAAGGUUGACAUUGGCAUCCACGUGAAUGGUCGUAUCGUUGACAGCGCCUUCACAAUGGCAUUCGAUCCCAUGUAUGACAACCUCCUCGCAGCCGUCAAGGACGCAACCAACACCGGUCUCCGCGAGGCAGGAAUCGACGUCCGCCUCGGCGAGCUAGGUGGGUACAUUCAGGAGACUAUGGAAAGCUAUGAAUGCGAGAUCAAUGGGACUACCUACCCAAUCAAGCCGAUCCGCGAACUAUCCGGCCACACUAUCUUACCAUACAGCAUUCAUGGCACGAAGAGUGUUCCUAUCAUCAAGACAAACGAUACAACGAAGAUGGAAGAAGGUGAUGUGUUUGCUAUCGAGACGUUCGGCAGCACUGGCAAUGGGCGGUGUCACGAUCAGGGUGAGGUCUCGCAUUACGCUCUACGCAGCGAUGCGCCAAACACUGACCUUCGUCUGACUUCGGCCAAAUCGCUGUUGCGUACUAUCAAGAACAACUUUGGUACCAUUCCCUUCUGUCGACGCUAUUUGGAUAGGAUUGGUCAGGACAAGUAUCUACUCGGUCUAAACAGUCUUGUCAAAUCUGGUAUCGUUGAAGACUACCCGCCUUUGGUUGACAAGAAAGGGUCAUACACAGCCCAAUUUGAACAUACCAUCCUGCUCCGACCUACCGUGAAAGAAAUCAUCAGUCGUGGAGACGACUACUGAACAGAUAAUGAUGUGUUGCACCUAGAGCAAAACAAGAAAAAGUUCUGAGUCACAAGAGUGAAAAUAAAACAUGUCUACCUACAAAACACAUCCUGAAUUAUCAGUCUGCUCUCUUCCAACAUCUAGACUGCAUCCUCAUCCCAGUGUUCUUGGGCAAAGCGUUCUCUGAGCAUUUUUGUCGUGUGGUUCGAAGACCCGAGAAGGAUAUCUGGAUGUUGUUCCCUGUCUCCAAAGUACUUAUCCUUGCGAGUAUCAUCCCCCUCUCGGGUCGUAUCAUCAAGCAUCCUGGUGCGAAAGUUGGAAGCAUAAAGAGCGGCAACACACUGUAUCGCAAACGUAUCUCGAGCAAGCUACUAACAUGUGUUUGUGCGAAAUUACUCGAGAUUGAACGUCUGUUAGGAUGUGAACCUGCGAAUACCAGUGAACAUGG